AUGGAAGAUUUGAUGUCAGGUUUCCUGUCAAUGGCUGCAGGGAAAGAUAAUGAUGACGAGUUCGUUGUAACAAUAAGUGACCAUGUGAGCGGCAUGAUUUCCGACGAGAUAAUUCACCGGGAAGUUUCACCUCAGUCCGACGACGACGAGGUUUCUACUUCUAUUUGUUCAGAUAACUACACUAACAGCACUGAAACAGAAAAUGACUAUCCGAGUUAUGAGUCUCUAUAUGGGGGUCAAGGUUAUUCAUCCUCUCCAACCUACAUCCGAAGUGAUUUCUACAGUAUGUCACCGCCACCGUCUCCCCCUGUACAUAUAACCACCGCAGACGACAAUUUGAAAUCAAAGCGCCACCUACCGUUUUCUAUUGAUUCUAUUAUUGGUACUGAGAGCAGCAAUUGUGAAGAAUCUAGCGGACGUUCUGACGUACAUGUACCUGCUCAGGUUUCCAGCUCUCACUUUUCGGCAGACGACACCAUUAAUCACCAUCCUAUGAACGUGUGUGAAAGUGAAUCUAUGAUUAAGUGUGUUUUCUGGUGCCAUGUGUGUGACGAUGUUUGUUCGGAUCUUACAGACGCUUGUAUUCAUCAAGAUAUUCACAUCGCGAACAGGGAUCAGUGUCGUCUGCAGGAUUCUUACUUCAGCAAGAGUGGGCACGUGACCAAACACGAACUGAUAGUAGGCUUUGUAGAUAAAGUGAAAUGUGGAUUAUGUGAGGAAAUAGUGACAUACCGUUUUCUACAGAGACAUUUACAACGUCAUGAAAGUCACGUGCGCGGGAACAGUUGUCAUGGGAGUUCUGUUGAUCAGCGAAAUCCCGCCAUUUACCAGUGCAGUCUCUUCUUCCGGUGCUUCCGUUCUAGGCAUGCGCAGACGAUUCAUCAGCAGACGCACAACAAAGUGAAACCAUGUAUGUGUUAUGUACCCGGAUGUUUUAAGACAUUUUCUCAGUUAUUAGACUUACAGCUUCACUUGAAAUUUCAUAGAGGUUAUGGUGACAUUUGCUGA